AUGAUGGUGUUGUUGAUCGAUGGUAGUGGUGGUUUUCGAGCGUGUAACACAGUGGGCGUUUUCAACCGAACUGUUAUCCUGAAGGGCGAAAGUUUGUUGGGGAAUCCGCUGCCCGCAAUACAAUGGCCUGGCGAACCCAUGCUGCUUCUGGAGCAUCAGUUGCAAAUAAAACCAUAUCCAUUACAAAACCAAGUACCAGAACACGAGAAAAGUAGGCUCGCAGGUGAUACGUAUCGUGUAGAAAGAAUAAUAGCGGGUAUCCGUGGGGUGAUUCACGAUACGUAUCACCUGCGAGCCUACUUUUCUCGUGUUCUGCUACUUGGUUUUGUAAUGGAUAUGGUUUUAUCUGCAACUGAUGCUCCAGAAGCAGCUAUACAACCCCGGUUAACAACAACAAACCUUGGGUGA